AUGACGAGUUGCAUUGUUUGGCUCCUCCUAGUCGGCCUGGUCCUGCAGCUGCGGCCGUGGAGCAUCUGCAAUGCCGCUCACGUCGAAUGGGAUUCCCACCUGAUUCAGCAGCUUCACAGCAACGACACCCAGCAGCAGCUGAGUGCGCUGAGAUCUAUCGGCAACGACAUUGCCCAGAGCAGCAACCGGAACGCCACUGCUGCUCGGUAUGCCGGAGAUGUCCUACGGGCAAUUCUUCGUCGGCUGGCGGGAGAGCCCGGGGACAGUUCGGUGCAGCGUCAAGCAGCGACUCUGCUGGAGACACUUAUGACACAUGGAGGCAUCCGUCUCAUCGACGGAGAUGCCGUGCUGCUCGUCGUGCGGCUGCUGGACCACGAAAACCUGAGGGCAGAGCGAAUUGCGACAUCCAUCCUAGCGGGGCAAUGGGACUUGGGGAGGAUGGGGCUCAACGUGAUGGAGGCCUUGGCGAAUUCUGGCGCAGUGGGGAAGCUCUCUCCUCUGCUCAGAUCUGCCGACACAGAAGUCCGCAGCGAUGCGGCCGACGCUCUGCGUGUUGUACUGACUGCUGUCAAAAGACUUGGUGGUGAGUGGGUCUCCAAAGACAGGACAGAAAAGCGGGCCCGCUGUUGGUCGUCUGUGCUGUUUGUCAGACAAGCGGGCCGACACAUUACCUGCCAGUCUCGCAAGCUUCGUCGAUGCGGGUUUGCUGCCGAACGCCAUGGCAGCUCACCAAAACUGCAGCGUCAAGAAGCCAGAUGCAGGGCCCCUGAUGCUCGCUUCGUUCACUUGUGUCCUGCUCGUGUACACCGAAGACGUCGACAACGGCUAUGUAUGAGAAUGGGGAGGGCGCUCUCAGCCAUCAGUCUGUCUGUCUGUCUGUCUCCUUGUUUGUAUGCAUUGAUUGUGCGUGCGUCAGUAUGCCCACACUGUCGAACAUGGAUGUGUGGAGCUGAAUUGUGAGGCUGUGGAGCACUCUCAGGGUGCACGACGCGGCACGGUCCUGAUGAGUGCACUGAUGUACUUUACGUGGAUCCUUAGGUGAACAGGGAGAUAACAAUCUGCUUCGAACGAAUGGCUUUGGUCCGUCUGUUUGUGUGUGUGGGCUUGGUGUAAUGGCCGGUCAGAAGGAGUAGCCCUGCCUUGAGCAGGCGGGCCGCCAAUAUCCUCAUGGCCAACGUGCGUAUGAGGGUGCACAAACGCUCACCGACACAUCAUUGCUGUCCACUUUCUCUUGUUUCUGGCUGCAGGCCGGCUGUUUGGACGCCAUCCGGCGGCUCAGAAAGCCGCCGCUCAACCGGGGUGAUGACACUCAUCGCAUCACCGCAGCAGCUAAGAGCAUCGUGGCGGAUUUGUCACUGCAUGUACAAAUGCCCCUCCAAACUCCGCUGGAUGAUAUUGCAUGCAUGAAUGAAUGCGGUGGCGAGUCUGUUGCCUUGUGUCCAUCCAUCAGGCCCGCGGCGUCUAUAGUCUCCCCACGAUCAACGACCUACGGAAGCUACAGGCCUACGGAAGCUACAGGAUGCCUAGACGCCGUGAAUUGGUACUGGGCGAGAACAGACGGUCACGGCAAGCAAUUCCUUGGUGUCGUUGGUGUCUAAUCCAGUUGUCGUCUCCCUGGGUGCCGCGCGUCGGUCUCUGUUUUGCCAUCCUGCUGGGCCUCUUCGUGCUGUGGCAGCUGUUCCUCCAGCCAUGGCGGCGGCGAUGUGAGCGGCGGCUCGCAGAGCAGCAUGGGAGAGACCUGCUGGCAGCAGAGGAGGCGGAGAAGAAGAGAGGGCGCAAGAAGGCAAGACAGCCCACUUCCUCCGCCCGCCGACGGACUGUCGUUUCUCAGCCAUCCUCUCCUGCUGCUGGUGGUCGUGAUGGUGGCGGUGAUGCUGAUGACGACGACGACGACAACGACAAAAGGCCUCUGUCGACUGCCUGUCAGACACCCCGUGAGCCGCUGUCAGAUCGAUCGAGCGGCAUGACUGAUAAUCAGGACGAUCGGCGAGAGGGGACGAUGAAUGCUGAUGACGGCCAGUGGACAGCAGCAGCCCGCAGUCGGUCCAAGAAGGCCCGGAAGGGCGGUGCCCUCGGGCGCGGUCUAUCGGCCGGCCAGACGCCGUGCGAGGCUCCAUCAGUGGUGGCGACUACAUGGAAGAGGUCCGCGGGCCGAGGACUGGUGCUGCCGCCGUCUGCAUCGCCCCCUCCGCCCCGCUCGAUGCAGCCCCUCACCUCCACAGCACAGCAGUAUACCCAUAUCAGCACAAAGCAGCGGUAAGCGAGACACAGACGGGAGGGCGCGAGGGGACAUCAUGAGCCGUUGUGUGACCUUUCAUGUAGUGAUGUGUGGUCCUCGUCGGCGAGACCGCACAGAGGCCCUCCACCACUCGUCAAGUGUACCAAGUGAGGCUGCAGUGCAGUGGACAGGCGGCUCAUCCAUACCAUUGGCAAAUGUGGUAUCCUCUCCUCGCCCCUCAGGUCUGUUUCACUCGGUGGCUGCCACGUGAGCGCCCACCGUGUUUCGGCGACAGGUGAGGCAUCGAGGCGACACCAAUGAGAUCACAAAAAGGUCCGUGACAUUGUGUGUCUCUGGCGGUCAUGUCAGUUCACCUCCUGCAUGCCCGCCGUCCAGCAGCUACGACGGAGCAGGGCGUCACCGGCAGCAUCUGCACCACACCGUCAGACAGCAGAGUACGCAGGAAGCCAACACCCGUCAGACCCACAGAAUCCGCCGGAUCAUCAUGCUUCGUGUGCUAUCUCAUUCUGUCCAUUCAGGUUCGGUCCGUCUGCUAA